UCGGAAGAGAAGGCUGCAGAACGGCGGGAAAGAAAGAUGGGGACGCAGCACCGCCAACGGACGUCGGAGUGACCUCGACCGAGACGGGUGGGGAGAAAGGAUUAGGGCGGAAAACCCUGCUUCUCUUCAGAGUCCACCCGAGUCUCCUGCCGAGCGAAGAAAAUGGAGCAUGAAAUGGAAGUGGUGGAAGAAGGCGAGAGGCUGCUGGGGGGCCGGCCGGAGGCGGAAGCUGCGGAACAGACUUCCUCUCAAGAAAUUGCCAGCAUCAUGCAGAACCAGGAUGCCGUCCCGUGUCGCAUGCAGAGAUCUCGGCAGCCGCGGCACAAUCCUGCACGGCCCUGGAAGUCCCUGCCUGCCACUCCCACAGGAGGGCUAGAGGCAGAUCCACCAGUUUUCUUCUCCUCCAUGACCUCUCUCCAGGCCGAGGAGUUCUUUGAUAUGGUGGCUAAAGUCCAAGCCCGGCGGCUCAACGACCAGCGGGCUGAUUUUGCAGGGCCUGAAGGCACAAGCGGGGAGAGCGUGGCCGUCUCGGAGGACCAACUCUAUGACACUAUCUUGGCUCAUCAGAGCCAGCGUCUGGAGGACCAGCGCACGGAGCCCCCCAUCCCAGUGGGUAUUCAAGGGUUGCUGGAUUUGCUGCUCAGAGCUCAGGGGACCCGGAUGGAAGACCAGCGGUCAGCUCUUCCCCCUGGCCUCGACGCAAUAAGAUGUUUGCCUUCCUCAGCCAGAGUAUGAAUCCGUCUAAGCUUUCCUCUGAACUGUUGUGAUUCUCAUGACUGAAGACACGCCACUGAAAUCUGUAAUGCUGCGUCACAUCUAUAAAGGCAGCCCGGGUCUCUAGGAUCAAGCGGAGUCACUUAAGGAAACUUUGAAGAUGCCAUCUUGCAGUAGCAUAUGCAAAACCAAAGCAGGGUCUCUCCAAUGCAGCAGAUUGCUCAUCGCUUCCUGGCCAGGAUUUCCAAGUAAAUAGAACUACAUUUUCUCCAUCUACUGGCAGAACACCUCCACUUGUAGUAGCAGCAGAAGUGUGAUACCUGCAUUAGCACCAGUCAGAAAGCAGUCUGCUGCCUUUCAAGUUUCACAGAACUCUGCCUGAAGCUGAAUGUUGAUUUUAAAAAAGGGGGGUGAUUGAAGGAGAAGAGCCAGAUCCCCUGGCAUUUCAGGAAACUCGUUGCAGACUAAUUUUGCUUGUCUCCACCACAAAGUAUCUCCAAUUGCACCAAAGCAAGCUCUACUAGGAGGUGGUCUGGUGUUGUGGAAUUAAGACUUAAACGAAUCGGGAGGAGGGAUUGGCAGAUUCGCUUUAGCUACAUUUGCUUGUAAAAAUCAUUGGAGGGUUUGUUUGCUAGGUUUUUUUAAGGCAAGACCCUCUCAGUACUGUUUUAUUUAGACGUUUCACCCUGCUUCCACACUUUGUACUACUGACUGGUUUGUGGUCUUUGGCAAUUAGCUACAAGGAAAUGUAUUACUGUAGCUCUACAAACAGAGUUCUUUCCCCCCAAGAACCUU